AUGUACAACGGCAUUGGUCUACAGACCGCUCGAGGGAGUGGCACCAGCGGCUAUGUCCAACGUAACAAAUCCUACCUCCGGCCGCAAAGGACUGAUAUCAAACCAUUCAGGGAAGCUGAGGCAGCUGCUCCUCCCAAACCCAAGAAGGCUGAUCCGGAGCUGAUUUAUCACAAUCAGAAGAGAGAGAUAGAGGUUAAAUUGAUUGACCUUGAAGAUACUCUGUUGGAGUCGGGGGAGGAGGAAGGCAUAGUCCAGAAAAAGGUUGAUAAGGAAAGGCAGAAGCUAUAUAAGGAGCUUGAUGACCGGAGGGCUGAUGCAGAGGCACAUGGUGGUGAACUUGAGGCUGAUCAAUUGGCUUCCACUCAUGAGUAUCUACAAAUGCAGGAGCGCCAGGCAGAGAGAGCAGCGAAGGCUUUUGGGAUAAACACGCGGAAUCACGAGGAAGGAGUAGCUUUCGAUAGGGACCGUCAACAUCAACAGAAGUUGCAACGUAUGAUGGACACCCAAGCUAGACAGGCGGAGCGAUGGGCAGCUCCUGGUGGUGAGAAUGGUGAUGGCGGAGUGAACAGGAGGAAGAGCGACCAUCGACCACCGGCUAAGGCUGGUGAGUCGUGGCGGGACUUCGCUGAGCGUCGUAAAGAGAAGGGUUGGGCUGCAGGGGAGCGGCAGGAAAAUGAGGAAGGUAUCGAUUUUGUGGCAAAAGUGUUAACUCUUGACGAUGGACGGUCGGUGAAAUUGCAGCUGUGGGAUACAGCCGGGCAGGAGAGGUUCAGGUCUUUGAUACCAGCUUAUCUGAGAGAUACUGCGGCAUGUGUUGUGGUCUUCGAUCUGACCUCAGAAGAAUCUUUCAACUCGGUUAGAAGCUGGAUGUCACAAGUAGAGGAUGAGAAGGGAAGUGGAGUUAAAAUAGUGUUGGUUGGCAAUAAGGCAGAUAUGGCAGAUUCUCGGCAGGUAUCCGGUGAAGAAGCUAGAGCAUUGGCUGGAGAACUUGGUGUGAGGUACUUCGAGACAAGUGCUAAAAGCGGCGUGGACAUUGAGCAAAUCUUCACAGAGAUUGCUAAAUCAAUUCCUGGAGAGAAUUCAGCAUCGGCCGGCUCCCAAGGGUCGGAUACUAUCAGAGUCACUAGUGGUGAUGGGAUGAACAAUACAGCCACCAAAAGUCAAUCGUGUAGUUGUUAA